AUGAAAGGAAUUCAACUGCUUAAAGAUGCUCAACUUCAAUUCAUAAUUCUAUGUAACCGUUAAUUCAGAUUCGAUAGAGAUGUAUGCAGAUAAACUCAUGCUAUGACAUUUCAUGUAUCCAAACCAAGAGAAUAAUCACUUUCAGUUGAAUCUUAAGAAUCGGAUUAGGAGUUUUUACAAACGCAUAGAAGGGCGACUACUAAUAUCAUUAAUCCACAAAAAAAUUAUAAGGCACUGCAAUAGAUAUCAUAUAUAACGCAAAUAAUGAUGCCAGACUAUGAAAAAAACCUCAAUACAAUUUCAGUGAUCGAAAGCAAAGCCUAUUAGAUUUAACUUGCAAAUUAAGAUGAUCAAAGGUAAUAACAAAUUCUCAAUGAUGGAGAAAUAUGGAUUGAUUAUAAAUUUGAAAUUCAUCCAAUUGAACUCAAGUAAGAUUUUGUAAAUGUGUAAAAAUUGAGAUAAUUGGAAUUUUAUUAUUAUAAAAUCAGAUGUUAAGGUGAAGCAGUACCAUUAACCUUCACGAUGAAUUAGUCUGAAUAAACUAAGUUUAAAGUAUUUUUAUCCACAACCAAUCCAUUUCCAUCAAAAUUUUCAUGCGAACAAAUCUACUAAGUCAAAACUUGGAAAUACAAAAGCAAAGACUACAAACAAUUUCGAUAAAAAUUUAUCUUUAUUUCCUUAGUUUGUGAUUUAGACACAACGAUUAAGAUCUCAUUUACUUUUGGUUCUACUUAAGGAACUUAAACCAUUUACAAAAGCCCAAUAAGUAAACAACAAAUCAAAUAAAAUUUAAUCAAUUGCGACUUAACUGCAUCAUAGAUAAUCAAAAAAAGAAAAAAAUAAAUGCUUGAAUUAUCUAAGGGAAGGAACUUAAUCUAAGAGAAUAUCCUAAAUGUAACAAUCUAAAAUGAUGAAUGCAUUAAGUCCCAAAAAUAACUAUACAAAACCCUCUAAUAAAAGAAAUUUCAUGAUGUUGUUAAGAAGAGAAAACAAUUAGAAAUCAAUACUUAGGGUUAAAAAUAAAUCAAUUAUUUUUCAAAGGAAAUAACCCAUCUGUUAAAAAAAUUAAAAUAAUAAAAAGAAAUGGAUCAAAAUCGUUACUUAAAAUCAGAAAUUCAAUUUGAAAUGUUUAGAUUGAUUGCAUACUUAUAAUUGAUCAACAUAAUAUAUGAGAGGCUCAAACACCAACAUAAAAUUAUACAUCAUGUUUAAAUUAUUCAAAUCAAAAUGAAGACCAUUUAUUUUAGAGCUAAAAGAAAUAUGUGUAGAUUGAAAGGCAAUACAAUCUUUGGAAGAGUUCAUCUCGACGUUAAAUUUUGUCUCUCAAUGAUUGCUAAUUAGAUAAAAAAGAAAGUCCGCAUUUAAAAUAUUAAUAAAAUUUAACCCAUUCUAACUUAAAGAUCAUUACUAUGGAAUUUUAAAGAAAAAAUUCACCAAACUUCUAAGAAUUUACAAAUUAUUAAGGAGGCUAUAUAUAGCUUUGUCUUAAGAUAUAGAGUGUAUAAACAAUUUUUGAGGUCUAUAUUUGAAAAAAAUUUUGAUUAAAGCUGCUAAAAAUACAUAUCUAACUAAGAUCUUAAGAUCUAAUAAUAAUUUGAUCUUUGGCAUCAAAAUUCAAAAUAUAUGAUGUAUUUUCAAUUUCUAAGUAAAACCUUUGCCAGUUUGUAUGGUCGAUAGAAAUUAAAAGCAUUUUUUACUAUUUUACGCAAAUAGAAAUAAUCGAACAAAAUCUAUAGGAAAGACUCACUUUUGUUAGUCUUUAGUAAAAAAUAAGAAAAUAAUUAAAUUAUCAGUUUAUUUAAAGUUCCAUUGUAGGAUGACUUCUAGCAAAUGCUCCCAAUCUUGUAUGAAUAAACAAAAGGUGGAGCUCCUUAAUAUUGCAAAGAUUAAAUCAGAAGACCGUUUAACAAAUUAUAAUUAUGA